AUGGCCCGCCUCACGCUGCUGGCUUUCUGCGGUGCCGCGCUGCUGGCCCGCCAAGCGCUGAACUUUGUGGGCGGAGCGGGCGGCACGGGCGCGGGUCGAGUGAGCAGAGUGCCCCGCAGGGCAGAAGCAGAGGAGGAAGAGGAGCCGGAGUACGUGGCGGCGGAGGGGGACCGCCUGAAGCUGAAGGUCCUGUCCCCCGAGGGCGACGGCAUCUCUCUGGCCUGCUCCGAGGUGAUCCUGCCCUCGGCCUCCGGACAGCUUGGCGUUUUGGCCAACCACGCCCCAAUGAUGUCUGCGCUGGACACUGGGGUGUUGCGCUACAAGGAGGAUGGCCAAUGGAAGCCCAUUGUGGUCAUGGGCGGCUUCGCAAGCAUCGAUUCCAACCAGCUCUCAGUGUUGGUGAACGACUUCGAGAAGGCAGACGACAUUGACGCCGAGAAGACGCAGAGCGAGAUGGAGGCCGCCACAGCUCUCCUGGAGAAGGCGGCAUCCAAAAAGGACAAGCUGGAGGCCAACCAGAAGGUGAAGCGGGCCGCGGCCAGAUUGCAGGCAGCCAUGUUCCUCUCCAAGAAGAAGUGUUGCGCCUACUUCCUGCGGCACUCGGAUUUCUUGGGUGCCCUGGGCAGCUUGAAGGGCGCCAUUCGCGCGCGAGAAGUCGCCCUGAGCGCGGUGGGUGCGCUAGCUUUUGUAGAGACGCUGGUGAUUGUUGAGCAGGACCGCUUUGGCAACCUGGCGAUUGAGCUGGUAUUAGGCACAGGUGAAGCGCCCCAUAUCUACGUGGUGCUUGGGAGCAAGAAGGCUGUGAUCAUCGACACGGGAUGCAAUAGUGGCAACCUCCGGCAGUUCCUGGCGACGUUACCGCAGCUGGCGGGGAAGGAGUUCCAGGUUGUCAACACGCACAUUCACUAUGACCACAUCAUGGGGAACUAUGGCUUCUGCGCCCCUGGGGGUAAGUCUUUGGGCUCCGGCUGCCGGAGCAUUUGCCAGGGCUCCCGCAGGAAAGCCUUUAGCGAGAACUGGCAGGAGCACUCCCUUCAGGCAAUGGUGGGCGCGGAAAUCCUAGACUUCUGCGUCACUGAUUGGUUAGAUGAAGGUGCGCGAAUCUAUUUGGAUGAGGAGAGCCCUUCGGAGCUGGAGUCCUUGGAGGUGUUGCACACACCGGGGCACACACCCGAUUCCAUUUCCCUGUACUACCCUGCGGAAAAUCGCCUUUUCACAGGGGACCUCAUAUAUCCUGGUAGCAUCUUUCUGCACCUUCCCGGCAGUGACCUGGAGGAAUUUGAGGCGAGCCUCAGCAAAGUCCGGGACUUUGCUGCCGACAAGACAGGCCUGGUGCUGAGCUGCGGACACAUCACUCCAUCUUUGCAGGUCGCAGCGCUGCAGGAGCUCCAUGGGUUAAUUGAGGAGAUGCACCAAGGCAGGGGCCAACCACGAUGGGACGGAGCUACAACGAGCUUCACCACAAAGAAUUUCACGCUGAUGUGCCGCACGGCAGACGUGAAGAAGAUGAAAGGGGCAUGA